AUGAGCGAUCCACUCUCGAUCGCAGCUGGCAUCGCCGGAUUCCUCUCAUUAGGCAUCCAAGUCACGCAAAAUUUGGUAGAUUUCUAUUCAGAAUACAAAGGCCAGGAUGCCAAUAUUGCAAAAUUCAUUCAAAAUAUAGAAAUCCUCCAAAGUACCCUUCGAUCUCUAGAAAUUGCAGUUCAACAACGCCAAUCACAGCCUGACGCAGAGGAUCUACUUCAAGAAGUCGAUAAAGCGACACGAGCCUGCCACGACAUAAUCCAAGAGCUCCAGGAGGAGUGUCAGAAGCUCCAUCCCAGAUCAGAUCCGAGUUCUAGCCUCAAAGGCCGAGUUCAAGCUGCUGGACGCCGUGCCACUUAUCCGUUCCGAAAAAGCACGCUUCAGAAAAUCGAAGAAGAUGUUGGCGAGAUACGUGAGAAUCUGACGUUCGCAUUGAACGUGCUGCAGUUUAAGGGACAUAAUCGGAUUGAGGAUGAAAUAUCAACUGUCAAAUCUCUGCUUGAGAAAACCAACACAAACCAAAUAUCCUUCGCAAUUCGUGCCUGGCUUCAGGCUCCCGAUCCAUCUCUCAACAAGAAUACAUUCUAUAAAAAACACCACCCAGCGACUGGGCUGUGGUUUAUCAGUAGUCCUCAAUUCUUGAACUGGUUUGCAGAGCGAAAUUCGUUUCUCUGGCUUAACGGAUUUGCGGCGUGUGGUAAAUAG